AUGCAGGAGAGCGCCACCAGUUUUGAUGGCUCUAGGCGAAGCUCUGGGGGAGAUAUAAGCAUGCCCAGCGGGGAAUGUCUCAUUUAUAUCGUUAUUAAUCAAAAGAACAAUUUACCCUCUUUUAUCAUGAACAGCGAUGCGUGUGAGAAGACCGGAUUCGAGUUCCUCAAGACGGCGGGAUCGUUUAUUCUCGAGCUCACCGACCUCACUGCGAAGAAAAGCGCCGAAAAAAAACCUUUCGGCAGAAAAUGGAUGACAAGUUAUGAAAAACUGGAUGCGCUGCUCGAUGAAGUAAAGAACCUUGUGAUUCUGCUUCCAGGAGACAGCUUUCAAGACUGGGAUUUCACCGGGAAUCUUGAGACAAAUAAGAUCGAGAUCCACACUAUCGAGGGAAAACACAAUCGGAGAAUUUUCUUCAGACAGAUUGAUGAAGUUGUUACUGCCGAAAUUGCUGUAAACUUUGAUGAGGAACACAUUUCUGUUGACUUCUACGACUAUUUUUUGUAA